UCCUUUUGAUUGGCUGCCUCGCUGCUGCAAGAUUCUAACCGUCUUAUUUUGAUGAUGAAUAUGAAGGCGCGCUAAGCCGGGCUGGAGCGGAGUGUCUCAGAGGCUGUGCUCCAUUCAGAGCCCAAGGACUUACAGCCUCCUCCGCUGCCUUCCUGUGCCAACAACCCCCCAAAAGUUGUGAUGCUUUUCUUUACACAGUGCUUUGGGGCUGUGUUGGAUCUCAUUCACCUCCGGUUUCAGCACUACAAGGCUAAACGGGUUUUCUCUGCUGCUGGGCAACUUGUCUGUGUGGUCAACCCCACGCACAACCUAAAGUAUGUGUCUAGUAGACGAUCCAUCACUCAGAACUCCGCAGAGCAAGGUAGCUUCCACCCACACCACCUUCCUCACCACCAUCGCCACCACUGUCACCACAACCAACUGUAUCAGCAUGCCCGUCCCCGCCACCUCCACCACCAGGAGCCGGGACUGCACAGCGCUCAGGUGACACCCUGUAUAUGCCCACUGUUCUCCUGCCAGUGGGAAGGCCACCUGGAGGUGGUGGUUCCUCACCUGCGGCAAAUCCACAGGAUUGACAUCCUGCAGGGGGCGGAGAUAGUCUUCCUGGCCACGGACAUGCACCUCCCCGCGCCAGCCGACUGGAUCAUCAUGCACUCCUGCCUUGGCCAUCACUUCCUGCUGGUGCUCAGGAAACAGGAACGACACGAAGGGCACCCUCAGUUCUUUGCCACCAUGAUGCUGAUUGGGACCCCCACCCAGGCCGACUGCUUCACCUAUCGCCUGGAGCUCAACAGAAACCACAGGCGGCUCAAAUGGGAGGCCACCCCGAGAUCUGUCCUGGAGUGUGUGGACUCAGUCAUCACCGAUGGGGACUGCUUGGUUCUUAACACUUCACUGGCCCAGCUCUUCUCUGACAACGGCAGCCUCGCCAUUGGAAUCGCCAUCACUGAGACGGAGGUCGGAGCCAGGGAUGCUGCGGAGAUGUGAGACCAGGUGCAUCUUGGACCGCUAGACCAGCAGGACCUUUUUAUUACCCGUCGUCUUUCUUUUCUUUCCUUUUCGUCUCAGGUAAUUUGAGGUAUUAGUAUUCGUCUACCCAUGGUCAUUAUAUUAUGUACGCAACUGUGAUUCAAGAUCUUGAUGUGAAAUCUGUCCCGUGUUGUUGGUAAAGUUUUGUAGAGCAUUCAGAAGAGUCUACCAGAAUAGUGAUUUCCCACCCACGUUAGUCCCUUUCUUCCCUGCCUCCAAAGGCGGCAAGUACCACUGUUACCAGGAAAACCCGCUGUUACCAAGAAAACCACUGUUACCAAGAAAACCACUGUUACUAAGAAGCAAGGCACUGGAGCAAAGGAGACUAGGCUUCCAAACACAUCCUUCUUUCCAUCUUCCGGCUGUUGCUGAUAGAGCCUAACUCGUCCUGGGUGAGGCAGCACGUCUGGGGAGAAAACCCAGCCAGCGGUGAUCUGCCCCUUUCCAGGAGCCUGGGGCUCAAGGCUAA